AUCAACGGUAUUUUCCGGCUUCUCGAAUGGCGGACGAACCCGAAUUCGGUGAGCAUGAUGUACAGCUCGCUUUAUCGAACUCUUUGACCCUGGGAAACACUGAAAACGAGACCGAGAAAGAUCCAAGCUACGAACUGGUGAGCAGGAACAAGGAAUCACAGAAGAAUGAACGAACACCUUUGGUGCGCACCGUGGACCCAGAAGAACAGGAAUCCCCAUCCGCGUGGAGUACAAAUUUUAAACGAUUUCGCUCGUUUACCAUGUCUCAUUUCACAGUAUCGUUGGUAGAAAAGGAAUGUCGCGAUAGGCAAGCUUCUGCUGUUCUUGCCGGCUGGAAUGUGACUAAUCUGAUUCAAGGAAUGGGAAUUCUUGGAGUUCCCUAUGCCGUGCGGGAGGGAGGAAUUGCGGCAGUUAUUUGUAUCUUCAUUGUAGCUGUGUUCUGCGAUGUGACUGGAAUUCUUCUGGUCGAUUGCUUAUACGAAGUCUCUCCCCGUAGCAAGCUGAGGAAGAGGAUUCGUAGUUCUUACCCUGAUGUAGGUGAAGCAGUGUGGCCUGGUGUGGGAGGGAGGGUGGUUAGUGUUGUCCAGACAAUAGAACUGUAUGCGGCUGCCAUCCUUUACUUAGUGCUCUUAACGACCAUGUUUUAUCAGAUUACAAACAAGUUUUUACCUCUCACUCUAAAUGAAUGGGCCGUCCUCUGUUCUAUAGCUGUCCUGCCAAGUGUCUUCAUCACAAGAUUGUCGCUUAUUGCCUGGAUGAGCAUGCUGGCAGUGUUCUCCCUAAUGUCUGCGCUGGCUGUUAUGGUAGCCUACUGUGUUGUACGAUAUGAUCAGUGGACUGUGGACAACAUCCCAUCCUUUGAUAUAAAUACAUUUCCUGUUGGGUUUGGUAUCGUGACAUUCAGUUACUGUGCUCAUGCAGUUUUCCCUGGAAUAGAGGGCAGUAUGAGGGAACCAAAGAAAUUCAACAAAAUGAUGCAUGUUUCCUUCUUCAUCUCAGCUGCUGUUAAAGCUUUGUUUGGUGUAUUCGCUGUCCUAACAUUUGGCUUGGCUACAGAACAAGUAUUUACCAUAAACUUGGCAGGCAAUGUAGGUUUCAACACAGCAGCAACAGCUUUUGUGGCAACAAAUGUAUUCUUUUCAUUCCCACUACCACUGUUUGUAGUGGUGGAAACAUUUGACAGUACUGUUGGGCCAUACUUUCCUCAUUUAAAGAAAGGUACAAAGUAUCAUUGGUUCUGGUUAGUACUAACAAGGACCUUGCUUGUAACAUUUGCCCUUUUCAUUGCCUUGGUUGUGCCCCAUUUUGGCCUGUUGAUGGGUUUUGUGGGCAGUUUCACUGGCACAUGCCUAUCUUUUGGAUUUCCGUGUAUAGCUCAUCUUAAGUUACGGUGGAAUUCCCUGCGCUGGUAUCACAUUAUGGCGGAAAUUCUUCUUAUUGUGUUUGGAGUUUUAGCAGGCGGUUUAGGUUUUGUUUAUUCAGGUAAAGCACUUGUGGACUCAUUUAGGACAUUUCAGUGAAAAUAAUUAAUAGUUUAAUUUAACUACAUGAAGAGUACAGGAGCAGUCUUAACCUUUCAUUCUAAAGAUCGUAUUAGUAAUUCUCCUUACAUUUUUUUCCCCCACCAUACAAUUAUUAAGUUAGCUCAGAUAAAUUGCCAUUGGCAGGAUCAACCAAGAAUUCCUAAUUGAUUUUUUUCUUUAUUCUUUUCACUUGUCUGCUUGAUAUUGGUUUGUUAUGGAAGGAGGAAUUCUUUCUUGGUAACUCAUUGGAGUUUAAGGGUUAAGAGAUCUAAAAUUCAUUUCUAAUUGUAUCAGUUCAGAGUCUAGGUACUUUCAAAAAAAUUAUGAUCAUCUUUGGGAAAUAUUUUGCCAUAGCCUCUACAAUUAUCACAAACUAUUUAAUUAAAAGAUGUCAGGAAAUUAUAUCAUCAGGAAAUUUAUUUUAUGAUAAGCAAAUAAAUUUGAUGGCUACUGUUUGUUUUAUUCUGUAAACUUGUCAUGUAUGAGUUAAUAAAUUAAAUGUAACAGAUAGUAGAGUGUUUAACUAAUAUGGAGAACCAGUUAGGCAAGAGUGAAAAAAGCCAAUAAUUGUAAUGAGAGUGGAAAAAAAAAAAAAAGAAUGGGACAAAAUAUACUUUACAUUAAAUUACAGUUUAUACUGUUACAUUCUUUGUUUUAAUUCAUUGACUUUUGUCAGACUCUGUGGCUGAAGGAGCCAUUAGGGGUGAGUUUCUUAUUUUCUCAAAUCUUUAUUAAGGGAUCUGAUGGAUUUUUUUGUUUUUGUUUUAAUGAACCUGAAAUGAGAUUACUGGACAGGUAAUGUUUUAAAUGAAGAUCAAUUUUAAUAAGUUGUGUAGAUGUGUUUUUUGAAAGCUUUGUUCAACACCCAUUGACUUCAGGUGCAUUGUGGUAAUCAAGGUUGAUGUUAGGAUUUAGAGGUGAUGUGAGUUUCUUUUUAUUUUUAAUCAAUGCGCAAUGAGUUAAGGGGUGUUUUGCCUCUUUUGGGGGCCUAGAACUCCUGGCUGGAGUGUGAAGUGACUCUAGAAGACAUGGUGAAUGGUGACUUGAAUUGUUACCAAAACAUUAAGCUUCUAGGUGCCAUGAUAUAUGUAAAAUUGAGAGGGUAGUUCUUAUUCUGAUUAUACAAUAUUGGUCCAAUAUCAGUCCAAUAUUGGAUAUUUUUGUACUGAUUUGAAUAAUGAUUUAUAAUCAAGUUGUUCAAAAUUGAGAACUAUUAAAGUUUUUUUUAUCAAUUAGAA